AUGGAAUCUACACCUAAAAUUUCGAACAAAAUAAUAAUAUCCGAAACGGAUCAAAUCAUGCAACCUUCCACUGACUCCAAAUAUAAUAACGGUAAGGUUAACAUCAUGUCUCAAGAUUUCAAUCCAUACUUGGAGUAUUUUACAGGGUCUCCUCAAACAAAACCCGAUGCAUACGAAUUUGACGAAUGGUUCACAAGUGAUCUUUCGAGUUACCUUAAGGAAGACUUUAUUUUCCCUGCAGAGGGUCCGAAUUAUGACGUUUCUCCUUUAUUGGAAUCUUCUAUGACCACCCCUUCCCUUAUACUUGACAAUUCUCAUGAAUUGGAUGACUCCCCUCUUUUCAGUUCAAUCCCUGCUUCUUUCUCCGCAAGUCCAUCUCUUGAACCCGCUUUUGGUUUCUUCCCCGACCUUACAAAUCCUAAUGUCGCCGUUUCUCCAACGAGAUCUCUUUUGCGUCAGCUUUCCAUCACGCCUUCCGUAACAAUUCCUGUUGAUGAUUCUUCACCUUUAACUACUAUUUCGGGUGGUUCUGGUCUUUCUUCUUCUCUCAACAUUCCUUGGUCUUCUGACAUGACCUCCCCAAACAUUCUUCAAAGCUCAUCAUCUGAGUCACCUUCUCUUUUAUCAACUAUUUCGAAUGCUAAUGUUUCCCCAAAGUCUUCAUCUAUCAUCGCAAGUCCAUCUAUCAUGUCAUCGACUUCUGCGUCUUCAACUCCUUUAAUAAACAAUCAAAAUUCCACUCGUGGACGAAAAAGGUCCAUUUGUGAAGUUGAGAAUAAUUCACCACACCUUGUCGAUGAUUUAGCCAUGAAACGUGCAAAGAAUACCGAUGCUGCUCGUAGAAGUCGACUUCGAAAGGUGAUGAAAAUGGAAUCGCUUGAAAAACAGGUGGCUGAAUUCAAGAUCGAAAAUAAUGAACUUCAAACUCGUAUCGCUGUGUUGGAGAGCGAAAAGAAAGGCUUGGAAGAUAAAAACGCUGAGAAGGACGCUAGAGUCAAAAUGUUGGAACAACAAUUAGCUGAAGCUCACGAAAGAUUGAUAAAGAGGACAUAA